AUGGGGAUUACUGGAGAACUUGUCAGGAGUGUGUUCUCCAAGAAUCGAUCUUUCGGAACCACCCACGAUGCCAAUGUGAUGAGAAACAAUGCAGUUGAAAGAAAGAGAUGGGCUUCUGUCAGAUCAUAUCUUUGUGGUGAUGAAUUCAAUUCGGUUUUAGCCGGAGAAGAUGCAGCUUCUAGAAGAAGCUCGAAAGCCGCCAUGAAUUCGGUUUUAAUGGAGGAUAAUUCUGGUUCUGGUAGAAGUUCGAAAGCUACUGUUUUUAGUUCAAGAAUUGAUGAUGAGGGUUCUGAGGCCACUGUCACACAGCCCAUUUCCGAUCACUCCAAUGAAACUUCAGAAGCCGACGAAAAGACCGAAUUGGCCUCCAAACAUGAUGCUGCAGUUAUCAUUCAGUCAGAAUUUAGAAGUUUUCUGAUCAGGCAUCGAAACAAAAAACUUGAAUCGACAAACAGCGGUGGUCUCGAGCUAGUUCCCUCAAGUAAAGAGUCUAUAGCAACAUCAGUAGAAGUCCAAACUGGAAACUCGGUGGUGGAAGCCAAAGAGGGUAGCGAUGGUUUCGCCAAUCGUAUGCAACAUCACAAGGGCGCCAGAUCACACGCGUCGAAGCUAAAGCAGGAAGAUUGGGAUGACAGUACUGUGAGUAGCAACAUAUCGAAAAUGAGGAUUCAGAAUCGAUUAGAGGCUUCUACUAGACGCGAAAGGGCACUCGCCUAUGCUUUCUCGCAACAGCUGAGGAUCUGCUCAAAGAAGAAACAAAGCGUGAGAUCUGGGAAUGAGUCGGAAGCGAACAUGAGUUGGAGUUGGCUCGAGAGAUGGAUGGCCACCCGACAACAUGAUACUUCUUUCGGGGAUGUAAGCAAACAAUUCGAACAGCUGAAUGGGAAUCAAAAACUAAUGGUGAAAUCACGAGUAUUAUCAGAUCUGCCCGGGGAAGAGAAGGAAAGCUGUGGAUCAAAUGAAGUCUCGAUGCAUUUCGAUACCAUCUCUUCGAGCUCAAAAACAGACGAGAAAUCGUACUACAAACCCGCUCGGAACCGGCUCAAGGCUACAUCCGUCUCGAGGCGAAAGAGUAAGAUGAAGAGGCAAGGAGGAGGAGAAAUUAGAUGUGAAGGUUAACAAUAUUUUUACCGGUUGCGGUCAAUAAUAUUUACUGCUGUAACUCCGUUGAUAGUACGCGUGGUAGAUAUGUAAUUAAGUUCGAAGCAACAUUCAGAAUGGAAGGUUAUUAUAAGUAAAAAAUAUAGCUUUGUAAGUCGGUAAUCGAAAUUUCAUGAUUUGUGUUCUACAAAAUUGCAUCACUUUUGUUCUUUUUUCAUGUGUUUCUCCUUUUUC